UAUUUUAGAAAAAAAAGAUGAAAUCAAUGAAGAUGAUGUGUGGGCCCAAAAAAGAACAUAAAUUCCUCGUGGAAUUGUGCAAAGUACAAACUGUAGAAUUGCUAUUUUAUUAAGGGUUUCGAUAAUGGCAAGGCCGCCUUUUUCUACUCUCUCUCUAUAUCUACUAACCUAUUCUUCUUUUCCGUCUGACCGUUCUCCAACUUUCUCUUUUUGCAUUUUCUUUUUUUUUUUUUUUGCAGUUUGUAGAUUUUAUUAGUGAGACGCAAUGGGGAAUGCUUCAUCAAUGCUAACUCAAUAUGAUAUUGAAGAAGUUCAAGAGUACUGCAAUAAUCUAUGUAGCUGUGGGAAUGCAGUCUCUCAGCAAGAAAUUGUUUCAUUGUACCAAAGGUUUUGCCAGUUAGAUCGAAAUGCAAAGGGAUUUAUAUCUGCUGAUGAAUUCUUAUCAGUUCCAGAGUUUGCAAUGAAUCCGCUCUCCCAGAGGCUGCUUAAGAUGGUGGAUGGUUUGAACUUUAAGGACUUUGUAGCCUUCUUGUCAGCGUUUAGUGCUAAAGCAAGUGUACAUCAGAAAAUUCAAUUUAUCUUCAAAGUGUAUGAUUCUGAUGGUAAUGGGAAGGUGUCUUUCAAUGACCUACUAGAAGUGUUGCGAGAUUUGUCUGGUUCAUUUAUUUCUGACGACCAAAGAGAGCAAGUCUUGACCCAACUUAUGAAAGAAGCAGGUUACUCAAGGGACUCUUACCUAAUGUUGGAUGACUUCACUAAGGUUUUUGGGAGCACUGGCCUAAAAAUGGAGGUUGAAGUUCCAGUUGAUUAAGCUAAAUUGUGCAGUCUUUAGCCUGAAUGAUUAGAGAGGAGCUAGCUGCAUGCAUCACAGGAGAGAAACACAUUUUAGAAUUAUACAUAAUACGUCUUUACUUUUGCCCUUUCUUGUUUCCUAACCAAAGUGACAAUAAAUAAUUUGCAAAGUAUGUAUCAAAAUAAGCUUCAGUUCACUGUAAAUGUUUCUAUAGAUAUCUUCAGAAUUGUCAUGUCUCUGAGAAAUGUGAUAUAUCUGUUCAA